GAGAAACAAAAUACCGAGCUGUAAAACGACGCCGGUUGGAAGAUUCAAAGUCUGGUCAUCUUUCUUAGCCCCGUCAACAAUCGAUCAGACGAAACCGAUUUAAACCAUUCUUUCCCAUUUCCCUUCCCAUUUUCUCUCCUAAAUAUCCACAACAUUCCACUCUGAUUACCUGAAAAAAUCACCACAAAUGGCGGGGAGGUCAGGAUCAUCGUUGACGAUGACUGUUACAAACACACCGGCUAAAGAUCUCGCAUACACCAACUGCGCGUAUUGUUCACCUACCGAUCUUCGUCAGUUUGCUGUUCCUGGAUCUAAUCUCGCCUUCGCUCUCGUUGGUGACGUGUUUGUUCUCUCUAUAGCUGCCUACAAUACCAUACAAAGUGGGCAAAUUGGACUUAAUGCUAUCCAAAGACGUCAUGCAAGAGUUUCGACUGGAGACUCGGUAUCUGUUAGCAGGUUUAUUCCACCAGAAGAUUUCAACAUUGCAUUACUUACCCUUGAGUUGGAAUUUGUGAAAAAAGGGAAUAAAGAAGAGCAGGUUGAUGCUGUCCUUUUAGCUCAACAGCUUCGAAAAAGAUUUAUAAACCAGGUUUUGACAUCAGGACAAAGGGUAACUUUUGAGUAUCAUGGCAACGGUUAUAUCUUCACAGUCAGUCAGGUUGCUGUAGAAGGGCAGGGAAAAUCAGACAUUGAAAGAGGCAUGCUUUCUGAAGAUUCGUAUAUUGUUUUUGAAGCCUCCAAUUCUAGUGGAAUUAAGAUUGUUAAUCAACGUGAGGCUGCUAGCAGCAACAUUUUCAAGCAUAAGGAGUUUAACCUUCAGUCACUUGGUAUUGGUGGUCUGAGCAAUGAGUUUGCAGAUAUUUUUAGAAGAGCUUUUGCGUCUAGGGUUUUCCCUCCCCAUGUGGCAAGCAAACUGGGAGUAAAGCAUGUCAAGGGAAUGCUGUUAUAUGGUCCACCUGGUACUGGCAAGACCCUUAUGGCUCGUCAGAUUGGAAAGAUGCUAAAUGGGAAGGAUCCAAAGAUUGUAAAUGGACCUGAAGUACUGAGUAAAUUCGUUGGUGAAACUGAGAAGAAUGUAAGGGACUUGUUUGCUGAUGCCGAACAAGAUCAAAGAACACGGGGGGAUCAAAGUGACUUGCAUGUGAUUAUUUUUGACGAAAUUGAUGCUAUUUGCAAGUCUAGAGGCUCAACUAGGGAUGGCACAGGAGUGCAUGAUAGCAUCGUUAAUCAGCUCCUUACAAAGAUAGACGGUGUGGAAGCUUUAAACAAUGUGUUGCUCAUUGGAAUGACAAAUAGAAAGGAUUUGCUUGAUGAAGCUCUUUUGAGGCCUGGUCGUUUGGAAGUCCAAGUGGAAAUCAGCCUUCCAGAUGAAAACGGUCGUUUUCAAAUUCUUCAAAUUCAUACAAAUAAGAUGAAAGAGAAUUCUUUUCUAGCUCCCGAUGUUAACUUGCAAGAGCUUGCUGCACGAACCAAGAACUACAGUGGAGCAGAACUUGAAGGUGUUGUGAAAAGUGCGGUUUCUUAUGCUCUGAAUCGCCAGCUCAGCCUUGAUGACUUAACCAAAACCAUAGACGAGGAGAGCAUCAAGGUCACCAUGGAGGAUUUCUUGAAUGCUCUUCAUGAAGUUAUUCCUGCCUUUGGUGCUUCCACUGACGACCUUGAGCGUUGCAGACUGAAUGGAAUAGUUGAUUGUGGUCAGCGACAUGAUCAUAUCUUUAAAAGAACCAUGCUAUUAGCAGAGCAAGUUAAAGUUAGCAGAGGUAGUCCACUUGUCACAGUUCUUCUAGAAGGUCCAAGUGGCAGUGGUAAGACUGCAAUGGCAGCUACUGUUGGUAUCGGUAGUGAUUUCCCAUAUGUGAAGAUUAUUUCUGCUGAAACGAUGAUUGGACUCAGUGAAGGAAGUAAAUGUGCACAAAUCGUCAAGGUAUUUGAGGAUGCUUACAAGUCAACCUUGAGCAUUAUUGUCCUUGAUGAUAUUGAAAGACUACUUGAAUAUGUUGCAAUCGGUCCUCGUUUUUCAAAUUUGAUAUCUCAAACAUUAAUGGUCCUCCUCAAACGGCUUCCUCCAAAGGGUAAAAAUAUGCUGGUAAUUGGAACAACAAGUGAGGUAUCCUUUUUGGAGUCAGUUGGUGUUUGUGAUGCUUUCUCGGUCACUUACCAUGUUCCUACAUUGAAGACCGAGGAUGCUAAGAAGGUAUUACAACAACUUAAGGUGUUCUCUGAUGAUGAUGUUGAGGCUGCAGCCGAGGCAUUGAAUGAUAUGCCAAUCAAGCGGCUAUAUAUGGUGGUUGAGAUGGCGGCACAAGGAGAAUCUGGUGGAAGCGCAGAAGCAAUUUACUCAGGCAAGGAAACGAUACAAAUUUCACACUUCUACGAGUGCCUCCAAGAUAUCGUUCGGUACUAGUAUUUUCCUCUAUGCGCAUGUUUUUUGAUAUCUACAAAAAAAGGCUGGAAUAUUGAAUGUUGGCUUGUAUUGGUUACUGCCAUUUGCUUUGAGUUGUAGUUAACAUGAGCAUCGUAUAGUUUGCAGCAGAGUUUAGAAAAAAACCAUGUUUUUGUAUGCUGGUUUUAACCCGGUGUGUGAUGAAUGCCUGUUGAUUUGUUUGAAGUGGUAUGUCAUUGAUGUUGCGAGAAUUUAGUUUUGGAA